AUGGCGAAAGCUUCCCAUACAUUGCAAGAAGGUGCUGUCGUCCAGCACACCGCCAAAGCCCAUAACCUGAAAGGUCAACUGCCUGAAGGGAGCAUGGAAUCUUUGGCAACAACCAUUCGUUUCGUCACGCUGAACUGCCGAACACUAUCGAGUGAACUCCAACAAGCCGCUCUAUCCAGACUUCUGCGAUAUUUCUGUGUGCCUUUUGCUGCACUGCAGGAAACACGCAUGAGAGAUCGGCCCGUCAUCAGCAUCGAAAAUUACACCAUAUACUGCGGCGAUGCUGAUGAGAACAAAGUAGGUGGCUGCGCGAUAACUGUGAGGAACGAUUACAAGGACCUGGUGGAGGAAUUUGGCUCAACGUCGUCUAGAUGCGCAUUUUUACGACUGCGGGAUCGCAGAGGACGUAAACUCUGGUUCGUAAGUGCUCACGCACCUACGGAAACCGCUGAGGACCACAGUAAGGACGCCUUCUAUGAUGAACUCAAUGCGUUGAUGUCUAAAAUACCAAGCCAGCAGGUGGUCAUUGUCGGAAUCGACGCAAAUGCAAAGAUGGGACUCGAACAGCAAUCCGAUGUGCUAGGAAAAUGGUACUAUGCAGCGGAGCGCACGUCGGACAACGGUGACCGUCUGGUCGACUUGUGCGAACAGACGAGCCUCAUCAUCGCUUCCACGUUUAAGAGGAAUCAUCGACGCCAUCAGCUCACGUGGCAGGGAUCAACCCUUUUAACGCCUGAAGAGCAGCGCAAGCGGAAGAUGAGGACUCUUAAGCUUCAGCUCGACUACGUUCUGGCGAGGAACAUUCCUCAGUCAGAUAUCCGAAAAUCUAGAGCUGUUUGGGACGUCGCGUUCGACUCUGACCACCGUCCAGUUCUUCUCAGCUUCAAGAUACGGUUCCACAAGAGAAACCGAGGAGUUCCUCUUCAACCGAAAAUCGACAUGGCAGGUCUGAAAGACGAUGAAUGUAGAAGAAAAUUCCGCCAAGUUGUGUCUAUUCAUGUUGGAGUACGGACCAGGGAGAAGCUUAGCGAUGCGAAUUCCUUCACAAAGUGCAUCCAGGAUGCUGCAAGGGAAACGCUCCCGGUUCUAUGGCCGGGGAAGAAGUUUGCCUUUGCGUCUGCGGAAACAAAAUCCACAUACAAUUCUGUAUGUGUCGCGCGCAGCGCUGGUGACUUCAACCAGGAAAAGCGUCUUAGAAAGAAGCUGCGUCGUCAACUGCAACAAGACCGCGGUAACGAGUGGACGUCAGGAACGAUGGAGUUUGAGAAGGCGUGGGAAGACAGGAACCCGCGGAAAGCCUACGCUCUACUAAAACAGUAUAGCGGCGAAACGAAAAGAUGUUCCCAUGUCCUCAACACUGCUAAUGGGGUAGCUGUCGGUGAAGCAACCCUUCCAAUUUGGAAGGAACACUUCAAGACCUUGCUGAACCGGCUAGCACCGUCAACUCCUGAACUCGAACAGGUUCAUAGACCGACAUAUUUGGUUAACGAGGAGCCACCGACCGAGUCGGAGGUCCUGGUCUGUAUUCAGAAAAUGAAGAAUGGAAAAUCUGGUGGAGACGACGGGAUUAGCGCAGAAAUGCUAAAAUAUCUUCCUCCGUCUGGGAUUCGUGAAAUGACAAAGAUCAUCCGUUCAAUAUGGAUAAACGAAAAGAUACCUGAUUCAUGGAGACACGCUAUCAUAAUUUCCCUCCACAAGAAGUUAUCCGUCACGGACCCAAGGAAUUGUCGAGGAAUCUCUUUGCUGUGUGUUAUGUACAAGGUACUGGAGCGCAUUAUCCUGGACCGACUCAUUAAACAUCGCGAAGAAACAACGCGCGACGAGCAAGCUGGCUUUCAUCCUGGCCGAUCUACGAUUGACCAGGUGUUCAUCGUAAGGAGAGUGAUCGAAAUCUGGCAGCGGUAUUCGAAGCCAAUGCAACUAGCGUUUUUGGACUUUGAAGCCGCGUUCGACUCUCCUCACCGAGGCCGUCUUCUCAACGUGCUUCGCGCCGAUGGAGUACCAGGAAAGUUCGUUCGCUUGCUUGAUGACAUGAAUCAACGAACAACUGCUGCAGUUUGA